ACCCAAUCCCUGUUUCAUGAAGUGCCGGCAGUGAAAGCCACACAGCCCUCACCAGCAUGGGCUGAUACACCUUCCAACACAAUGGAAAUGUCCCCCUUUUGAGGAGGCUUGACGGCAGAAGCGCUCGCUGCGCUGGAGCCGAGAACGAGACGCCUCAGGCUAUUUACAGAUCAUGCUGAGCUAGAGAAGUUCCUCAGCUGAGAGGACAUGCGGAGACAGCCGUGCCCCGAGCGUCUCUGACUAAUGCAGCCGCAGAGAAAAGGGAAACAAUGGAAAUAGUGGAUCCGGAGAACGAGAUGACGGCACUGGAGGAGCCGGAGCCGGAGCCGGAACCGGGGAACGCCGCGGAGGAGGACUUGAGCAACAGCCUGAGAGAGGUCGUCCAGGACGGUGCCGUGAAGCCCAAACUCCACUGCCUGAUGAUGGACCCGUGCUUCUCCAUGGUGACGGUCCAGAGCGAGGACAGCGGGAUCUUCUGGGAGACCGCAUCGAGCCGAUGCUCCACGCCGUGGGCCUCCGAGUUCAACGCCUCCGAACCCUCGUACUCCCUCGACGCCUCCGGGACGGCCGGCAGGAUCGUGUUCAUAAUGGACAAAGAACUGAUGAGCAGGAGAAAGAAAAAGCGAAGAUCCGACAAAACAAGGACUCGUCCGCAAGUCACUCGCGAGAUCCUUGCGGAAGCGGAGAGACCGGCAAUGGUGGAAGUGUCCGUUCCUAACUCGGGAGCGGAAGAGCAAAGAACGGCGGAUCAGAAAGAAGACCGUCUAUUCAGUUUAGUCUCCGAAGGAUCCGAGAUACUGAACAUCAUCGCUCCACAUAAAGUGUCCACGGUGGACGAAGAGGAGAGCAAAGGUUUGGAAGAUAACCUGUUCUACCUUGAGGAGACGCCAGCUAUGAAAUCCCCAGAGAUCCCAGAUGAGCCAGACCUGGAUGUUCCUCCUGAGACCGAGAAGAUCCAUGUGGUGAUCCCAGAGCCGUUAGUCUCGUUCCCGCAUGUCCAAGAGUCCCGAAGAGGAGCGACGGCCGAAGACUACUUUGAGAAGUUCGCGCUGCUCUACGAUCAAGCGCCAUCGGGAGCAGCGCUUGUUGAAGAAUCACCGGAGCAAAUUGAGGAAAAGAUUGAAGACGCACCUCGUCCUGAAGUGGAACCAGAUCCCGGUGUCUCCUCAGCUGCGAGUAUGCUAGAUAUUUCUGACGAACACUUGGACGAUGUGUUUUACGGCGGAGGUGGUGAGCCACGCGAUGGUGCCGCGAGUGCUGGGGAAAAGGGAAGGGAGUUUUCCCAAUCCUCUCUGAAGGAAAGCGGGAGCGCCUUGUUUGGGAGUGAGGAGUCAGUCCUCACGCCUAUAUACCUUCCUGAAGGGCCUCGGAAAAUCAUUGACCUUAAUCUGCUGGAGGAGCCGAAAGCCUUGCCGUUCCUGUACUCGGAUCUGUACGCGGACGCCGUCGGGACCCGGAAGAAGCCGGACGACGAGGUCGAGAGCGUGACCUCGGAGAAAUCCUUCCACAGUCAAGAGUCCGACUGGGAGGACAGAGGCUAUCUGGAGAAGUUCGUGCUCAAGGUUGAGACUCAGGCCACGGAGAACGACUUCAAGCGCUCCGAAGAACGGCAUGAUCCUUUCAAACUCACUGGAUUCGUGGAACGCCACAGAGCAGAGGUGGAAAAUCCGGGAGACGAUCCGGCAGAAGAAAUCACGGAUUUCUUUAGGAACAGUGCAUCUUCGUCUCCCUGCGAACCUGUGGAGCGGCUGGAGAGAGAAGAGGAGACUGAAAUCGUGAGGACGCCUCGGGUCACGUUCAAAGAGCAAGCGUCGACACCAUCACGUAAAGAACCACAGAAUCAACCGUUCGCUGACGACAACGACUUUUCAGAAGAGUUUUUACCGGUUGAAUUAAGUGAGGAUUGUCCAGCAUGGGAGGAAAGCUUGCCGACGAUUGCCAGAGAGGCAGUAAAAUCAACUUCAACCCGGACGGAUGAAUCAAGACUUAAACCGAAUCCUGUAAGCGAUAACAGCCAAAUCCAAGCGCAAAACACAGUCAAACCCAUUAUUCCUCACCACAAACCCUUCCUGGAUCUGACCCCGCUGAUGCCUGUCAAGGACGAGGACGAGAAGGAAACCACCGGGGGGGAAACGGAGAAGGAGAACACGAGCUCUGAAGAUGCCGGAUCAUCCAAUGAUCCCUUAAACCGACGGGAUUAUCCGCAUGAGGACAAUGCUGAAGCUCCAGCUGCCUUGAGAAAGUCUGACUGACUUUUAAGGGUCGCUGAUUCGCUGGCUUGAUGACGAGUGAUCCAUCAGAAAAGAACAGAAACUUAGCAGAACGUAUUCAUGUGUCUCUAUUGGUGCGUUCAAGUCAUCUCGUAAAGAUCGUAUUUAGGAGUUGAACGCACAUGAACGCCAUCACAAUGUCGUGGGAAGCUCUGGAUUUUCUUUAAGCCCCAAUCUCUACGAGUUGUGGGCGUGUCAGUGAGAAACAUGGCGGAACACCACAACACUUAAAGGUAUUUAGCAGUGAUAUUAUCAGGCUUUUCUAUUUACAGCUAAGUAAGCUAAUUGCCUGCACAGAAUAUGAUGGAAUUAUAAUAUAACAAUGUGAUUUGUAACGAUAAAGUUUGCAGUGGCUUCAUAAAUUAAUUAAAAACAUAAAAAAGCAAAGCACACAUGAUGCACAUUUCUUUGUUCUUCAUUUUCUAAAACUAGAGUUUAAGAACCUUGCUGUAUUGUUGUGUAAUUAUUUAAGAGAAAGUACGCCGCCAUCUUACUCUGACAAAAGUGACUUGACCGCACAUGACCUGGUAAACACGAACUUCCCAGGAGGACUUGAACGCACCAUCUGUCAUUUAAGAGU